AUGGCUUCAUCUUCUCUUUUAAUGAAGUCUAGUGAACCCCAGGUGUCUUGAGCACUACUUAGUUAAUUCAUUUAGUUUAAUAAUUUCUUGUUAUUAUUAAAGUCAAAUCUUCAAUAUUUUUUCUUGUUUCGUAAUGUUGUCAUAUGUUAUUGCCAACUGAAACAAUCUUAUCAUUUCUGCUCAAGAUAAAACAUCAUUCAGUUUCUAGUUUAUGUUCAAGACAGUUGUCUUUUUAUUCUCUGUAAUUAAGUGAAUUUAUUAACUUUUUCCCCUUUUUUAUUAUUCUGACAUUAUAAUGGCGUCAAGUGACCCUGAGAUUAAGGAUGGAUUCACACUUCCUGCUUGGAUGAAAAGUAAACCAGCCAAAGAGUUUGAACCUUUCGCGGGAUCGCCGCCAGCUCCAGAGGACUCAUUCUUCUACAUCAGAUACCCCAGGACCGACGUAUUGUUCGGAAAACCGAGACUCAAUCAAGACGCUCCAAAGGUGUUCGCUGAACCAACCAACGAAGUUAAAGCCGCCUCAGCUUUCAACAUAGUCAAGGAGAAAGAUUGGUCGAAGCACACGAAACCGUGCCAAGACGUGCUCCACGGCAUUGCACCAAUCAAUACAGCAGUUAACUCUGUAACUUCAAAGCCAAAGCCUGCGGGGACAGACGACGGAUUCAAAGGCGAGGGCGCGGCUUGCGGCAACUCGAUUGUCAAGGUAGCGCAUCAGAUAAUAUCGUCGAAGUCGUCGCGAGGGUUCACGGUGGCAUCGCCCGAGGAGGACCACGCCGUGGCCCCCGAACUGCACCAGUACAACCUGAUGCACCGCCGCGGCAGUAAGAGCCUGCCCGCCACCCCCGCACACUCACCGCCAGGCAGCCCAACAAGCCGUAGGAGGAUGAACGGCAACCGUUUCUUCACAUCGCCGUACGAACCAGUGGAGGAUGGAAAUGCGCCACGCUCGUGGUUGUCUAUGGCCCUCCUGGGUUUGAAGAAAGACCUCGCCACAUCAACCUCCACGUUAGCUGAGGAAGACAGCUUUGACGUACUCUCUGUUUCGCGGGGCAAUCUCGCGGAAUCAGUGGAAAAUCUUGGCCCAGCACCUAAGAGGAAAGAAACUCUCACUAAUGUACCUCAAGAACCAGUGGCCCAGCCAACCAAGCCCGCAAAACCUACUACUUAUCGCCCGAAACCGUCAGAACUACGCGAAAUGAACUUCUGGUCGCCAACCUCCAUGUGAAGCUACUUUAUAACGCUGCGGAGUUACGCUGUAUAAUGGACACAUUUAUUGCGUAGGUCUUAGCUAUAAAGGAGUAUACUAUACACGUUUGUUUACACGUGUGUUGACGCACAAUAGCGUACGAACCCCACGGGGAAUGUCAAGUUAUGCAGAACAGUUUUCUGAUAACCGUAUGUUCUUGUGACUUAGUUUACUACAGGGUUUUGUCAUGUGGUUCAAAGUAGUUCGGCGAAUAUAAAUUGUUACGAUAAGCAGCAGUAAGUUCAAUAUAAUUACAGUCUAUAUUUGUAUCGGGAAAUAGAUUUAGUGUAGGUUAUUUACUGGGUUACCUUAACUGUCUAACACUUUAUUAUAUUGAACAAUAUUGAUGUAUUCCAUUAAAAUUAGGCGUAGCUCUUAACUCUAGAAUAUUUCUUUGAUUUGUUAAGAAUUAUUCAUACGAUGUAAUUGCUGUCCUAGUUUAUCCGAUAUUUUCAUUAUUUUUCCAUAAUUGUUGUUUAUAAACAACAACAGAGAUACAUACACAUAAAAAUCGUUGAUAUUGUAUGUAAUUAAAGUUGAUAUGCCCUUCAUAAAUAAGAAUAACAACUUAAUAAAACAACAUCAUGUGACUCAUACAUCUUAGUAAUAAUCGGUAUUAUUAUUUUGUACUUGAAUGAAUUCUCUGAGAGCGAAUGAUGUGUGACACUUUCUGAACAUACAUGUGAUAUUAUUUAUUAUAAAUCGUGUUCAAUUUUGUCAGUUCGUAUAUACAUUGUAAUUAAUUUUGGAAGUAUUAAAAUUUAAGACUUACUUUAAAUAUUUUUGUAACAAAAUGUGAAAAAUAAAAAUGAGGAAGCUAUUUUUGUGAACCGCAUAAUACAAAAUUUGAGCAGAACUUUUAAGAUUGUAUUAAGAUUUAGCUAUAAUGUUUAACUUUUAAGUAUUGAUAAUAGUUGUAAGAGCAGAUUCUCCUACGAAAAUAAUAUUUAGGUAAUAAAUAUUAUUGAUCUUCUUCAAA